GCAGCAGGCGACCCAUCUGAGAAAGGCUUUGGCUUCAUCUGUAUUGAACAACUUCCCUCUCCUUACCACCUCCACCCAGAAAUCGACCACUACCCUCCCGCAAUACAUCAUUACCCCCCGCAAAUUGUCACCAUGGCGCCCCAAGAUACCUUCAUCGAGGAGGAGGAAGACACAUGCCCGCUAUGUAUCGAAGAGUUUGACUUAUCAGAUCGGAACUUCCGACCCUGCCCCUGUGGCUACCAGGUGUGCCAGUUCUGCUUCAACAAUAUCAAGAACAACAUGAACGGCCUGUGUCCUGCAUGCCGCAGACCUUACGAUGAGAAAACGAUACAAUGGAAGGUCGUUACCCAGGAAGAGGUUGCCGAGUUCAGAGCAAACAUCCAAAAGAACCAGAAGAAGCGAGCUCAGGAACAAAGACAAAAGGAAGUCCAAAAACGCGAGGCUGAGAAGGAGAACCGCAAAAACCUUGUCGGCGUCCGGGUUGUUCAGAAGAAUCUGGUUUACGUAACUGGUCUGACUCCAACAGUACGAGAAGACGAGUUGCUCAAAACGCUACGGAAGCCUGAGUUCUUCGGCCAAUAUGGAAACAUACAGAAGAUUUCGAUUAGCAAUCGGAAGAGUCAGGACGGCCAAAAUCAGUCACUUGGCAUCUAUGUGACUUUUGAGAAGAAGGAGGAUGCGCAACGGUGCAUCCAAGCCGUGAACGGUUCGCAGAACGGCGACCGCGUCCUUAGGGCUCAGCUCGGUACAACCAAGUACUGCUCAGCUUGGCUGCGGCACGAGCAGUGCACCAACAGACAGUGCAUGUUCCUGCAUGAGCUGGGCGAUGAAGAAGACAGCUACACCCGGCAAGAUCUGUCGUCGAUGAACAGCAUCAGCUCGCAGCGGCCUCUGGCGGGUGGAUCAUCCAACAGCGGUGGGAAUAGCGGUGGGAGCAGCAGUGGCGGUCCGCCAAGAACUGCAUCUCGGCAACAGAAUACACCCUCAGCAACCCCAGCUUCGCAGCCCAUGGCACGCACUUCGAGCAAAGAUGGAUCCGAAAACGGUGGCGAUGGCUCAGCGCUACCCUCGUCAGCUAACUGGGCGAGAAAUCCUCAACGCAGUCGCAGAGGAAGCCACGCUACCAGUGGCGCCGCCUCUAGCCCUGCAAUCUCGACAUCGCUCCCCGCAACCGCCGAGGCCGUACCCGAGGCUGUCGAUGAGACUCCGUCAAGGAGUGAGACUCCAGCACCUACGACCGACCAUAAGUCACCGAAACUGGGCAUCAUAACUGAUGGCAAGAAAUCUAAUAGCCUUCCCGAAAACUUGCUCAAGGCCCUCCUCAAGGCCAUGCAAGGAUGUCCGUUCACUUACCACGCACCUGAUACGAAUCAGUUGGAGACCAUUUAUCCUCCCAUGUUUGACGCUCGUGGCGGAGAGAAGCGAAGAGCGAUGCGUGAGGAGGAGGAGUCACGCCUUGGCGUAGACCAAGAGCAGCAAAGCGAGGCUCAGGAGGCUUCUGAGGGAGAGCCUGAAACCGGAGGUAGCCUCGCCCUCGGCGGUGAGCCUGAGGAUCGUGAUGUUGCCCGGGAUGUUGGCUUCGAACAGCGCAGGCCCGGAACGCAGCCACCCAUUCAGCGCAACAACACCGAGGGCCUCUUUGGUCCCGCUCUUGGCUCGGGCUUUGGGCAGGCCUCCGUAACUUCUGGCUCCGUCGCCGGCAGCCGGUCGAUGACUCCUCAGCAGCAACUGUUCAUCCGCUCCCAGAGCGGCUUUGGUGAUCACCUACCCCCCGGCAUUACUACUGCACAGCCUUCUGCUGUCCAACAACAGGGUGGGAACGGCCACAACAGACAGGGUUCGAGGUUCAGCUUUGCUAACGAUAGCACCGGUACCUCAGCGUCGGUCAAGGUGGCCGCGAACCCUCGUAUCAUGGCGCAGCAGUCUGCCAUGAUGCCGUCGACUUUCCACUCACAACCGGGCAGCCAGUACUAUGCAUCAUCUAUGCCUGGACCUCCUCCGGGCCUCAAGUCGACAGGCACGCCACCUAGCAUGUUUGGACAGGGCCACUCGUUUGGUGGAAGCUUCAAUGCGUCCAAGGAUUCUGCUGAACUUCUUCAGACAUUGAUCCGGGGCCGGGGAGCCAACGGUCAGGGUCAUGAUGCUGGUAAGCGUGAGUACAUGUUAUCUUCUUUUUCUAAUCAGUACCCAUCCUCUACCUCCUCCACCCCAGCUCCUGCUUCGGGCCUCCUGGCGUCGCUCUACGGUAACCAGCCUGGAGCAUUCCAAGACUUCGGUCCCAAGCAGAAGAAGAAGGGGAAGAAGCACAGACAUGCUAACACUUCCUCCUCUGGGGGAGGUGGCUUAGUUGAUCUUGCAGACCCGAGUAUCCUGCAAGCGAGAAUGCAACACCAGUCGCAGAGCAACGCCGGAGUCGGACAGGGACUGUUCGGUGGUCAGAGCCAAGGUGGGUACAACCCGAACAUGAUGUACAAUACGCGUUUCCCGGGCGCCGGCUGGUAG